AUGGUAGACUCAGGUUUACAAGUAACAGCUGCACCGAGAGAAGAUUCUACAGAUCAAGCAGAGUGCCAUGGAAUAUCAAACAUUGAUAACGACCAUGACGAAAGUAUAAUAUCGGGGGCAUUACUGCCAGCUAAUCAUCCAGAGCUUUACUCUCCACGCCUCGACGUAUCAACAACUUCAUUGGCCAACAUUGCAUUGGCAUCAUUCUGGCUACAGUACUGUUUACGUAACCAUCAACCCUGCGCGCAAUUUGACAAGCGUGGUCCAUUGCCUAGCCGUGUCAUCGAUGUCAGUCAGCCACAGCAACCUGUGCUGGUCGAAGGAAUGAAUCGCGUGGAGAACUAUAUCACAUUGAGCUACAAAUGGGGUGAAAGUGCCAAGUACUUCACCCUAGCACAAAACCUAUGUGAGCAUGAAGAGACAGGCAUCCCUCUAAUCUUCCUGCCCCGGACCUUCAAAGAUGCGAUGCACGUCACUCAUUCACUUGGAUUCCGUUGGCUAUAG